UUUUCCCUUCAAACUUUAACCUUUUGUAGAUGUUUAUAUAGCAGGAAGUAUUAUUUAAACGGUAAACCCCAAAAAAAGGACCACACACGUUGAGCACAACAGACAAUAGGCGCCAUCUGCUAAAGUUAUUUUAAAAAACCCAGGCGCUUUCCUAGUGAUGCGAUUUCUAACCGGGAGACCACACUGGAGCAAAACAUUCGCAAGGAUGAAAGAAACGUCUCCACGUCUCGUGCCGGUUUUUUUUGCUGCUGCAGAAGAGAUGAAAGCAAACGAACGUUCUGUCUGGUUCACACGCGGAAAAAGCCAUCUGCCUUUACAGACAGAUGCGUGUGUGUCCUAGACAUAAUCUCCAGAAGGACAUUUGCAAGCGCAAACGUACUUUAAAGGAAAAAAAGUUAAAUUCGGUACUCGGAUGCGUUUCCAUUGCACAAGAGCAGUGUGCAAGUUUGUCAAAAACAUAAAAACAAAAAAAAAAACACAAAGCAAGACAGUAAAAAUCCCUCCCAACAAAAGAAGCAACAGUACGGAUAUUUCACCCAACGGUGGCGGCACGAAACACGUGUGUGCAGUCACAUGUGAGGGGUUAAUUUCGAAAAUUAUACAAUUGAAAAAAUAACAUCUCGAUUCUGCGGACAACGGUGACGACGACGACGACGAGGACGACGAGAACGACGGUUCUGGAUGCGUUUGGAAAACGCCAGUUGAACCUCAAUGGGGCAGAAGGAAAAGGGGGUUAAAAAAACAGCAAAACACCGCGGAUGGGGUUGUUGGGUAGGAAAAACGCACCCCCUUUUCGACGUGUGUGGUCCGACGUGAGCGUGAGCGAAAGAGACGUCUGCUACCGAAGUCGGUAAUAGAGUUGUAUACCGACCACACGCACACACAUUCACAACCAUUUUCCCCAGCUAGUUCGUCUUCUUCUCGUGUUCUUUCUUACGCACACAGGCGCGCACACACACAGUAAACACGCCCCUUUUUCCCUACCUGUGCACCACUACACUUACAGGCGAAAAGUGUUGCUUCUCAUUCUCACCGUAACGCAACUCGUGGAUUUGUUCUCCUUCUCGCUCUUUCGCACAGCUUGCUGAAACUAACACAACAAAAAAGCAACCCCUUUUGCGUAAGGGAAGGGAUGAUAGUGUGGCACAGUGUGAGAAAAAGAUAGAAGAAGAAGCGUACUGUUUUGGUAGGGGAUUGGGUAAUGGGUACUGGGCGAAAAGGGAAUCUGCGAGAUUGAGACUGUCAGUCAGGGUGCGUUUGACAUUUCAUUUCAUUUCAUUUUCAGACAUUGUCACAUCACAAUUUAUCUCGUGCGUCGGUCGAGUUCGGUCCGGGUAUUCGGGAUAUUUUCGAUACGAGUCACACGAAGACACGACGAAACAGGGCAACCAGACGCAGCUAGAGGCAGUGUCCGGGCAAGCGCGCAGUGAUUGGAAUAUUGUUUGUGCUGCCCAACGACAAAAAAAACGGGCUAGUGUGGUGCUGUAAAGUGUUUUGAAUACAUUCGGAACGUUGGCAUCUUUAGUGGGUUAGAAUUUUUUUAAGGAGCGCUUUAAAGCCCUUUUUAGGGACGGUGAAGAUUUAUACAUUUGCUGUGUGUAUAGGUUGUUGUGUUUCUGGUGUGUGUUACGACCUCUUAGGACGAGUGUGAUAAGAGUCCGGUACGAAGCGCUAGUUGUGCGAAUAACAUGGCCCUCGAAGAUCGUUGUAGUCCACAGAGUGCACCGAGUCCACCGCAUCAUCAUCACAGUAGCCAGAGCCCGACGAGCACGACUACGGUAACGAUGGCAACGGCAAGUCCGCUGCCUGCGACGACCACAGCUAGUGCGACUAGUUCGCCUACCCGCGACGAGAUGUCGCUAGUGGUACCAAUCUCUCCGCUGCACAUCAAGCAGGAACCGAUGGGUACGGAUGGACUGCCACCGCAACCAACGCAGCCUCUACCUCCUCACCAUCAUCACCAUCAUCUGCCUCAGCAGCAGUCCCCACAUCAGCCACAGACCGCACCACCAGCCAGCAUAUCCUUUUCGAUCUCCAACAUACUGAGCGAUCGGUUCGGUAAGACAACCGGCGAACAGCAGCAAUCUUCCAUCCGCGAACCAAACAGCCCGGGACCGAUCCAUCCCAGUGUGCUGCUGCCUACCUACCCCCAACACGUACUGCAUCCGGCCCAUCCUGCUCUCCUCCAUCCGGCGUACCAUACCGGUCUGCACCAUUACUACCCAGCACCGCAGCAUCAACCGAUCGUGCCACAGCCCCAAAGACCUCUGGAACGAAGAGAUAGCCUGUUCCGGCCGUACGACAUCAGCAAGAGUCCGCGGCUUUGCAGCAGCAAUGGAAGCAGCUCGGCAACACCGUUACCCCUACAUCCUUACCACACGGACAGUGACUCGACGCAGGACUCUACCUCUGCACCGAGUCCCGCCACGUACGGUGACAUUGCAUCGCCCUCGUCCGCUUGCUCCGCCAUCACCACGCCAGCCACUACCAGCAGUCCAACGGGCAGUGUGUACGACUACAGCCGCAAGACGAGCGCCCUCGACCAUCGGGCAGCAUUACUGAAUGGGUUCAGUGCGGCCGCCAGCUAUCCCAAGCUGCACGAAGAGAUCAUCAACAGCCAUCGGAAGUUUCAGGCAAAACUAAUCGAAUCGCAAACGAAGGCGGCGCUGGCAGCGGCCGCUACGGCAGCCGCUGCAGCUGCCGUCACCCAUCAGCCACACAUUCCACCGCUCGGAAGUCUCUGCAAAACGGUGUCCCAGAUUGGGCAGCAUGUAGCCGGUACGGUCAGCCUUAAUGGAGCCGGCCCAACGACAAACGGGAUCUCCAAUGGCAAUUCGACCGCAUCCACCAAAGCAACUCCAAAACCAAUUCCCAAACCACUGAGUACGGAAACGAACUCAUCGUCGCAGGACACGGGGAUGGAAUCGUCGGACGAUGCAAAAUCGGAAACUAGCAGCACAAAGGAUGGCGAGAAUGGUAGCAAUCUGUGGCCGGCAUGGGUGUACUGUACGCGAUAUAGUGAUCGUCCAAGUUCGGGUCCACGAUACAGACGCACGAAGCAACCGAAGGAAAAGGGCGAAAGUGAGGAGAAACGCCCGCGGACAGCCUUUUCCAAUGCGCAACUGCAAAGACUUAAGAAUGAGUUCAACGAAAAUCGCUAUCUGACGGAAAAACGGCGACAAACGCUUAGUGCGGAACUUGGGCUGAACGAGGCGCAGAUCAAAAUCUGGUUCCAGAACAAGCGGGCCAAGAUUAAGAAGAGCUCGUCGGAGAAGAACCCACUCGCCCUGCAGCUGAUGGCCCAAGGUCUGUACAAUCAUUCGACCGUGCCGCUCACGAAGGAGGAGGAAGAGCUCGAGAUGCGCAUGAACGGACAAAUCCCGUAGAAAAAAAAAUACACACGCAAGGAACAUGGACCUGAAUCCCUAUUUCUCCCACAAAAAAAAAAUCCCUAACUCUCACAGGGUACAAGUAGCUGGGCCCCCUUUAUGAACGAUGAUGACACCUCGAAGGGAACGAUGAUGAUGAUGAUCCGCGGUGCAAUAGUAAAGAAGGAUCUUUACAACAAAACUUCGUUGCUUCCGGUGACGAUGAGAUGUCCUGAAGGUGUUUUUUGGGGCGUUUAAAAUGAAAGCAAUACUAUGAAAGCAGGAAAGAAUAGCAACCAUUUUUAAGCAUACAAUACGGUAAAUUAUUACCUCUUUCAGCAGCUCUCUUAUUGCCGUAAAAAAGGAUAGGCAGUGCUUAGUAGUGUGAAAUGUAUAUAAGGAGAAUCAGUUGAUUAACGAGUUGUAUAUAGGAGCUGUAGUUCAACGGUGCGCUCUUUGCUUUCCAACAAUCAAUGGCGGUGCUUUAUGUUUAUUCUUUAACAUUUAGACAAGAGGCAAACAAAACAAUCAACCAGUUACUUUCUUGACAGAAUAAUGAAGAUGUUUUAAUUAUAUUUAAAAAAAGAAAAUACCGCAAUGAAUGCCUCAAAAUGGUUUCAAAUGUCAAAUGUCGAGGAUCGUGUGUUUUUAACGAUAGAUUUUAAUUGGGGAUAAACAGUCCAAAAAUAUGUUUCUACUAGUAGCGAAGUAAGUGUACUAAGCAAUAGAGCAAGCGACACCUUAAACUCCCGACGUUUUCAAGCAAAAGCAAGCUUAAUCCUACCUUUCCUAUGUAAAAGUUGCAAUUAAUCGUUGUAUUCGGUAGGAAUGAUUAGGCACGUAAGACACAAGCAAGUAUUAUUAUAUUAUCACUAAUUAUGCUAUUCUAUGGAUUACGAUAAAUCGUCCCCCUCCCAAAAAAAACCCUUAGCAAGGUAGAAAGAGAGUUGUUUACUGAAAUGUGUUGUUUAGCUGCAGCGAGUAGAGGCGUGCGUUAGCAUUUAACACACAAACAAAUUUAUGGCAGAUUUAUCUAUAUAUAUAAAAAACACAAAAAAAUUGUAUAUUGUAAAACAAAGCAAAAACAAAAAACCAUCCCCGCCCCGGUAAUAGUGCUGUAGAAACAAAAAAAAGGGAGCAUGCGGAAGACGAUGGCAACGAUGGCAUGCACGAUUCCAUCAUUACACACUCUUUUGCACACUCUCAUGUGAUAUUGCGUACGAAGAAGUAAAUUAAAGAUAUGAAAAUCUAAUAUUCAAAACAAAUCAUGAUGUUCUCUUUUCUUUUAUUGUGCCUACAAACAAACAUAAAUAUCACACAGCUAUACUAAAUUUGUCUUUUCAGCAGAUGCUUUAGAAGAAACAUAACAUAAAGAUGCUGUUUUAUGUAGGAAGGUAUAGUUUUACCUUCGAAGGAAACACACUUGUAUGUCAAUAGGCUUAUGCGUUGAUAUGCAAAUUUCUUGACGUUUUUUCUCUGUUGCUUCUCAAACUUUGCCAUUUUCCAGGCUUUGUUUUAUUUCAUUGCCCAAUCAUGUUUUUUUCUUUCCUCUUUUUGUUGCUACCGUUUAUUUUAUUUGUUUUUUGCACCUCGUUGUUGCGCCCGAAUCUCAAACGUCUGUGAAGUGAUCAUGUUCGACGGUGUUCAUGUUGCUCAAUCGUGUAGAUCGCUUCACCAAGCGGAAUGCUACCGUUUUUUCGAUGAUGGCCGUAAAGGCCGUAAAUUCCAGUAGCAAACGCAGCCGUGAUUGAAAACCUUCGACGAGCGGAGGGCGG